GGUUUUGUCAAAACUUACUUUACGUCUUUGUUGUGCUAUUGUGUAUACAUAAUUUAUUAACAUGUUUGUAGUUCUUUUAAUUAACUUUGUUUGCUGAAGUUACGUGGUUUUAUUAUUAUAACAAGCGAAACACUUCAUUCAUCUGAUUUAUUAUGUGGAAAUGUCACAAGUGCCAGAAACCAGUGUAUUUCGCGGAAAGAAAACAUUCACUCGGUUACAACUGGCAUCCAGAAUGUUUACGAUGUGAAGAAUGUGGCAAAAGGUUGAAUCCUGGACAGCAUGCUGAACAUAAGGGAGUACCUUAUUGCCAUGUGCCUUGUUAUGGUGCGCUGUUUGGGCCGCAGCUGUUCGGCCAUGGGACUAGAGUCGAAUCUCACACAAGUUUUGGGAAAAAAGAAUCUCCAAAAUUGGGAAAUAAACCAAUUCUACCACGAUCAACCUUGGAGUCAAAAAUUAAAGUUUAUAAUCAGUUCUAUGAAGGAAAAAGUGGAGAAAUAAGAUCUCGGGAAGUUAACGGUCGAUUUAUUCUGGAAGGUUCAUUACGCAUUCAUUGGGGAGUACAGGGUGUGAUACACUUGAAGGAAAAUGACGAUCAGAGAACAGUUGUAACUGUGAGAAAACGGAACUCUUGUCGAGUGAGUUCCAGUCCAGAAUAUGACACAGAUGAAGAUAUACAAAGUAUUUCACGGGAUACCAGUUUCAAUGACAUAUCAACAUGUUCCAAUACUACAACUUUGGAUAUUAGUAAAUCAGACACAGGUAUAGAGAGCGGUUCAGACUCCAUAGAUUCAAGUAUAUCGGAUAGCAAUCCCAGUUCACCGCGUAACGCCAUGUCCAAAAGUGUUACGCUUCCUUCAAAGUUAGAUGUGAAAAACAUGGAAUGGGACGAGUUGGAUGAUCUUUUACAAGUAGAAAGGAAAGUGGAUGAAGGUGAAAAAUUGUAUCAAACUAUGCCAAUGCCGCCACCAUCACCAUUUAGCAUUGAAAGUGACUCGACUAGUAGCAAAUCUGAUACACCAGAGCAAGUUAAAAAUAAUUCUACUGCAGAAACAGUGACAAUAACAGAAGACUCAAGUACUCUUAGAGCACCACUGAUUAAUGGUGUAACUAGUGAUAAUAGCAUUAGUGAAGACCAAAUACCUCUCUUAACUAACUCCUUCAGCAAGGACGAUACUUGGGUAUUAAAUAGCAAUAAUCUGAAUAGAUCUAUGUCAGGUCCUGAUUGUCUCGAAAGACUUCGAGACGCUCAGUCUCCCGAAUUUGAUCGAAUGAGCGUUACAAGUGCAGACGUCACUACCGUUUCAGAACAAAACGAAGAAGUGGUACUAAGAAGACCACAGAAGACCGGUUCUACAGCCAUCAGGCGUCGACCUGGAAAGCGUCUGUCAAGAAGCAAGGUGAAAAGACGGUGCUCAAUUAAUGGGCAUUUUUACGACAGAGAAACUAGCAUCUUCACCCCACCCCAUGGCAGUCAAAUGAGCGUAUGGGUCACGUCGAUGGUUAACACUCAAGAAAUUAUCAAGCUAAUGCUGGAAAAAUAUAAAGUCGAAAGCGACUGGAAUAAUUUUGCAUUGUUUAUUGUGAGGGAUAGUGGUGAACAAAGACGGUUAAAAGAUGACGAAUAUCCUCUAUUGGCACGGGUACUCUUGGGCCCCCAUGAAGAUGUCGCUAAACUAUUCCUGAUGGAUGGUCACACUACUCCUGAAGUGAGCAGUGAGGUGGCACAGUUUUUAAAUCUGUCGGUAACUGAAUGUCGUGCUAUACUUAACCAGUACUACUACCAAGAAGAGAAGGAAGUGGCUAAAAUCAAGGAAAAAUACUGUGAAAUGAAGAGACGAAUAGCCCAUCGUUUGCAGCUAGCCCAGGCUUGAUAACUAACUAAUUUAGUAAUUAUUUCAAAUAUUUACUUGCUGCUAAGAUUGAGAGCAAAUUUUAUAUUGUCUCACCGUAGGUAUGAAAAUUUAACUAGAAAAUGAUUUAUAGCUACUGUACCAACUCUAUGAUUAAAAAAAUAGUUUCAAUUUCUUGAAUCGAAACAGCUUAGCACUAAUUUUACUCAAAAUGUCUAAUUCUCCUUUUGCUAAGCUGUAUUAUUUGUUAAGACGAACUUUAUUUGCAUUCUUCUACGGUGAUUUGUUCUAUGUUAUACCCAUAGCUAUAUUCCACAUUAUUUGGUGUUUUUUGUAGAGUUUUUAACACUUGGCGCUUUUUAACUUUAUACAUCCUAUGUUAUUCGCAUGUUUUUUAACUUUAUUAUACAAAAUAAAAUAUAACAAAAAAUUA